AUGGCUACUUCCCCCAGACCAAGACCUACAACAGGAACAUCAUCAGACGGGACCAAUUCAUUACAAGAUGAGACAGGUAGCAUUGGAACAGGGCUAAAUCGAUCUAGUGUACCAUCGUAUGAGAACAGACCACCGCCUCCAAUUCCUCCAUUUUCGGCUGCCGGAGGAGGCGCUGCUUAUACCGACAAGCUGGCUGCCAAACAAGCGACCAUUGCUGAAGAAUACCCUGCUAUCAUUAAUAUGAGCAAAGAAGAGCUGGAGGAAUUGUUAUCGAGUGAUGUAGUGUUUGAUGCAUUCUUUGAACAGUUGGAACAAGUAAGAAAUAUGAUGAUACUGCAAGACGAAAUGAGGAUGCAGAACGAGCUGUUAGCAAAGAAAACCUUAUCACGUGAACAAGAGUUAAUACAGUUGCGCGAAUCGAUUCAUGAACAUGAAGAUAAAGUGAGGGAAAUAUACAGCACAUUGCAAGAGAAACUGAAAAAGCAACAGGAAGCACUUCAGCGUUUUACACCCGAACUACUUAUCGCAAAAUUGAAAUCUGAAUCUCAGUCAUGUGACGAGUUAUCGGAGCAGGUAGCUAAUUCUUUUUUGGAAGGUGGUCUUGAGGUUGAUGCAUUUUUAAAGGGAUACCGGGAACUCAGGAAAGUAUAUCAUUUGAGAAAUGCAAAGAUCGAAAGAGUAGCUAGGAAACCGCAGAUAAUGGGGUUAACACAAUAA